CAAACAUACCAAUGAGUACAAUAGUAGCAGAUAUUAGGGUACUUACUUGAAUAACUUUCAUUUUAUAUUUUAAAUCGUUUCUGCCUAUACUCAAAGAGAGUAAUUAGUGAAAUGAAUCCUGAUGUGUUAAAUUCAUCUGAGAAAAAGGCAACUGUUUAUCACACAGAUAUGAGUCAACAAAUGCAGGAUGAAAUAAUCAAUAUUUGUCUAAAGUUUUGGAAAAUAUGUCAAAGAAGUUUGGAUACUACAUCAUUUAUUAAACGAACACUGGAUAAAAAAUAUGGUACAGCAUGGCAUUGUAUUAUUGGCGAUGAAUAUAACAGUUGCGUAACACAUGACUCAGAAUGUUUCAUCGACUUCAAGUAUGAGAAAAAAUCAUUUAUGGUUUAUAAAACAAGUUUAUGA